AUGCGCGGCACCUGUCUUGAGAGAUGCAUACAUGCAAACGGACACGAACACCAUGCGCCGCCUGCAGGUGCAAGGGCGCCAAAGACGCAGCGGAGAGAAGGGCAGAGGGAGGAUCAAAGGAUGAUUGAGGAGAGGGAGAGGAGGGACAACAGAUCAGUUACCGUCCAACUUACCGAACUUCAAGAGCAGACAACUAAGCUUGGUACCUCAAGGGAGAUCAUUGGCGUAUUGCGUUUUCUCUGGGAUAAAAUUGUGCACCCGAUAAUCAGCCAACUAGAUAAUGCUGGAGUGCCCCACAGGUCUCGCAUUUGGUGGUGCCUGACAUCAGAGCUUUGCUCGCUUCCUCUCCAUGCCGCAGGUCCGUACAGAGGGGGGGAAAGAAAUCUCCCAGAUCUCUACACGUCCUCCUAUACACCUACACUCUCCGCAUUAAUUAGAGCACGGUCAAAUAUCAUUCGGCGCAAAGCUCCCACAUUGCUCGUCGUGGGCCACCCUGAUGAUGCACUACAACACGUAGGUGAGGAAGUGAAAAUCAUUCAACAGCUUAGCGACUCUGCCAAGGUUAUCAUUGGAAAGGAAGCCACUCGGGAUGCAGUUCUUCAAGGACUUAGGGAGCAUCCAUGGGUCCAUUUUGCCUGCCACGGUAAUCUGGGUGAUGAUCUCCAACCGUUUCAGGCAUCGUUUCAGCUCCACGACAGACGUCUUCCUCUACUGGACAUCAUACGAGCCAGACUCCCUAAUGCCGAAUUGGCUUUUCUAUCGGCAUGCUUCAGUGCAGCUGGAGAUGUCUUCACUCCCGACGAGACUAUCCAUUUGGCAGCAGCAUUACAGUUCUGCGGAUUUCGCAGCGUUGUGGGAACACUAUGGGAAAUGAAUGACGAGGAUGGACCUUUCAUAUCGAAAGAAUUCUACAAAUACAUGUUCCGUGAUUCCGGAAAAAGGCCCGAUUUCAAGGAUUCGGCGGAGGGGCUGAGCUAUGCUAUCCGUGAAAUGAGAAAGGAUCAGGUUCCUGUGGAACGUUGGGUAAUGUUCGUGCAUAUUGGCGCGUAA